CAACAGAUCUCCCUCUCUAAUUUGGGUUCUCUGAGACGUUUCAUCAUCCAUCUUUCCAAAUCGGGCAACAAAGGCUUCCCCCUCCCGCUCGUCUCCUCUUUCGUUCCCUUUCAACAAUGGAAGCCGCUGCUGCUUAUGAAAGUCUCGAUUUCGGGAAGAUGGAGCACGGAUGCAAGCAUUAUCGGAGGAGAUGCAAGAUUCGAGCUCCCUGCUGCAACGAGAUCUUCCAUUGUCGUCACUGCCACAACGAGGCUAUGCAGAGCACUCUCAGAAACCCUCGUGAUCGACAUGAACUUGUCAGGCACCUUGUUCAGCAUGUCGUUUGUGCAGUUUGUAACACUGAGCAGAAGGUUGCUAGGGUCUGUUCCCAUUGCGGUAUCAACAUGGGUGAAUACUUCUGUGAAGUGUGCAAGUUCUACGAUGAUGAUACUAGCAAAGGACAGUUUCAUUGCGAUGGCUGUGGGAUUUGCAGAAUCGGUGGCCGUGAGAAUUUCUUUCACUGUGAGAAGUGUGGUUCUUGCUAUGCGGUUAGUCUACGUGAUAAUCAUCUGUGUGUGGAGAACUCCAUGCGACACCACUGUCCAAUCUGUUAUGAGUAUCUUUUUGACUCACUGAAAGAGACAACAGUUAUGAAGUGUGGACACACAAUGCACAUGGAAUGUUAUUGUGAGAUGAUGAAGCAUGAUCAAUAUUGUUGUCCCAUAUGCUCAAAGUCGGUCAUUGACAUGUCUAAAGCCUGGAGGAAAAUCGAUGAGGAGGUUCAAGCAACAAUCAUGCCUGAAGAUUACCGGUACAAAAAGGUGUGGAUCCUUUGUAACGAUUGCAACAAUACCACUGAAGUCUUCUUUCACAUAAUUGGGCAUAAAUGCAAUCACUGCAGUUCCUACAAUACACGCACCAUAUCCCCGCCGCCAGUUCUCCCCUGAUGAUAAGAUUAUUUGUAUUGGAAGAUUCAGUUGUUUAUUCUUGGAGGGAUAUAUUCUUCAUUUGCUAGCCAAAGGUCAAGUCACCUCUCGAUACUCUGUUGUAGGUUUCAUCCAAACAUGGAUCAAAAUGGUCUUGUGGGUUUUUGGCUAGUUUAUGUACCUUGUUUAGAUUGAUUGUGUACUCCACCAUACCAAUACCAUUGCUUGCCAAUUUUCUUCUGCAAACUGUAAAUAGUGGAUAUGUUCAUGGAUCAUUAUUGGGUUCGCUUGGAAAGGUGUAAUGACUCUUCAGUUCUUUAAGGCUUAUCUAGAUUUUCUCUUCA